UCUGUGCCGUCCCAGCUAGCGGCGGCCAGCGGGCGGCGGGGAGAAAGACUUCCUCACCUGGUCUUGCGGCCGUGGCCACCGCCGGCCAGGGGUGCGGAGGGCGUGCUGCCGGAGACGUCCGCCGGGCUCUGCAGUUCCGCCGGGGGUCGGGCAGCGAUGGAGCCGGUGCCCACGGCGCCCUCCUCCGGCGCCCCGGGACUGGCCGGGGUCGGGGAGACGCCGCCAGCCGCUGCGCUGGCCGCCGCCAGGGUGGAACUGCCCGGCACGGCUGUGCCCUCGGUGCCGGAGGAUGCUGCGCCCGCGAGUCGGGACGGCGGCGGGGUCCGCGGGGAGGGCGCUGCGGCGGCCGGGGACGGGCUGGGCAGACCCUUGGGGCCCACCCCGAGCCAGAGCCGUUUCCAGGUGGACUUGGUUUCCGAGAACGCCGGGCGGGCCGCUGCUGCUGCGGCGGCGGCGGCGGCAGCGGCGGCGGCUGGUGCUGGGGCGGGGGCCAAGCAGACCCCUGCGGACGGGGAAGGCGGCGGCGAGAGCGGGCCGGCUAAAGGCAGCGAGGAAGCCAAGGGCCGCUUCCGCGUGAACUUCGUGGACCCGGCUGCCUCCUCGUCGGCUGAAGACAGCCUGUCGGAUGCUGCCGGGGUCGGUGGCGACGGGCCCAACGUGAGCUUCCAGAACGGCGGGGACACGGUGCUGAGCGAGGGCAGCAGCCUGCACUCCGGCGGCGGCGGCAGUGGGCACCACCAGCACUACUAUUAUGAUACCCACACCAACACCUACUACCUGCGCACCUUCGGCCACAACACCAUGGACGCUGUGCCCAGGAUCGAUCACUACCGGCACACAGCCGCGCAGCUGGGCGAGAAGCUGCUCCGGCCUAGCCUGGCGGAGCUCCAUGACGAGCUGGAAAAGGAACCUUUUGAGGAUGGCUUUGCAAAUGGGGAAGAAAGUACUCCAACCAGAGAUGCUGUGGUCACAUAUACUGCGGAAAGUAAAGGAGUCGUGAAGUUUGGCUGGAUCAAGGGUGUAUUAGUACGUUGUAUGUUAAACAUUUGGGGUGUGAUGCUCUUCAUUAGAUUGUCAUGGAUUGUGGGUCAAGCUGGAAUAGGUCUAUCAGUCCUUGUAAUAAUGAUGGCCACUGUUGUGACAACUAUCACAGGAUUGUCUACUUCAGCAAUAGCAACUAAUGGAUUUGUAAGAGGAGGAGGAGCAUAUUAUUUAAUAUCUAGAAGUCUCGGCCCAGAAUUUGGUGGUGCAAUUGGUCUAAUCUUCGCCUUUGCCAACGCUGUUGCAGUUGCUAUGUAUGUGGUUGGAUUUGCAGAAACUGUGGUGGAGUUGCUUAAGGAACAUUCCAUACUUAUGAUAGAUGAAAUCAAUGAUAUCCGAAUUAUUGGAGCCAUUACAGUGGUGAUUCUUUUAGGUAUCUCAGUAGCUGGAAUGGAGUGGGAAGCAAAAGCUCAGAUUGUUCUUUUGGUGAUCCUACUUCUUGCUAUUGGUGACUUUGUCAUAGGAACAUUUAUCCCACUGGAGAGCAAGAAGCCAAAAGGGUUUUUUGGUUAUAAAUCUGAAAUAUUUAAUGAGAACUUUGGGCCAGAUUUUCGAGAGGAAGAGACUUUCUUUUCUGUAUUUGCCAUCUUUUUUCCUGCUGCAACUGGUAUUCUGGCUGGAGCGAAUAUCUCAGGUGAUCUUGCAGAUCCUCAAUCAGCCAUACCCAAAGGAACACUCCUAGCCAUUUUAAUUACUACAUUGGUUUACGUAGGAAUUGCAGUAUCUGUAGGUUCUUGUGUUGUUCGAGAUGCCACUGGAAACGUUAAUGACACUAUUGUCACAGAGUUAACAAACUGUACUUCUGCAGCCUGCAAAUUAAACUUUGAUUUUUCAUCUUGUGAAAGCAGUCCUUGUUCCUAUGGCCUAAUGAACAACUUCCAGGUAAUGAGUAUGGUGUCAGGAUUUACACCAUUAAUUUCUGCAGGUAUCUUUUCAGCCACUCUUUCUUCAGCAUUAGCAUCCCUUGUGAGUGCUCCCAAAAUAUUUCAGGCUUUAUGUAAGGACAACAUCUACCCAGCUUUCCAGAUGUUUGCUAAAGGUUAUGGGAAAAAUAAUGAACCUCUUCGUGGCUACAUCUUAACAUUCUUAAUUGCACUUGGAUUCAUCUUAAUUGCUGAACUGAAUGUUAUUGCCCCAAUUAUCUCAAACUUCUUCCUUGCAUCGUAUGCAUUGAUCAAUUUUUCAGUAUUCCAUGCAUCACUUGCAAAAUCUCCAGGAUGGCGUCCUGCAUUCAAAUACUACAACAUGUGGAUAUCACUUCUGGGAGCAAUUCUUUGUUGCAUAGUGAUGUUUGUCAUUAACUGGUGGGCUGCACUGCUAACAUAUGUGAUAGUCCUUGGGCUGUAUAUUUAUGUUACCUACAAAAAACCAGAUGUGAAUUGGGGAUCCUCUACACAAGCCCUGACUUACCUGAAUGCACUGCAGCAUUCAAUUCGUCUUUCUGGAGUGGAAGACCACGUGAAAAACUUUAGGCCACAGUGUCUUGUUAUGACAGGUGCUCCAAACUCACGUCCAGCUUUACUUCAUCUUGUUCAUGAUUUCACAAAAAAUGUUGGUUUGAUGAUCUGUGGCCAUGUACAUAUGGGUCCUCGAAGACAAGCCAUGAAAGAGAUGUCCAUCGAUCAAGCCAAAUAUCAGCGAUGGCUUAUUAAGAACAAAAUGAAGGCAUUUUACGCUCCAGUACAUGCAGAUGACUUGAGAGAAGGUGCACAGUAUUUGAUGCAGGCUGCUGGUCUUGGUCGUAUGAAGCCAAACACACUUGUCCUUGGAUUUAAGAAAGAUUGGUUGCAAGCAGAUAUGAGGGAUGUGGAUAUGUAUAUAAACUUAUUUCAUGAUGCCUUUGACAUACAAUAUGGAGUAGUGGUUAUUCGCCUAAAAGAAGGUCUGGAUAUAUCUCAUCUUCAAGGACAAGAAGAAUUACUGUCAUCACAAGAGAAAUCACCUGGCACCAAGGAUGUGGUAGUAAGUGUGGAGUAUAGUAAAAAAUCCGAUUUAGAUACUUCCAAACCACUCAGUGAAAAACCGGUUACACACAAAGAAUCCAAAGGCCCUAUUGUGCCUUUAAAUGUAGCUGACCAAAAGCUUCUUGAAGCUAGUACACAGUUUCAGAAAAAACAAGGAAAGAAUACUAUUGAUGUCUGGUGGCUUUUUGAUGAUGGAGGUUUGACCUUAUUGAUACCUUACCUUCUGACUACCAAGAAAAAAUGGAAAGAUUGUAAGAUCAGAGUAUUCAUUGGUGGAAAAAUAAACAGAAUAGACCAUGACCGGAGAGCGAUGGCUACUUUGCUUAGCAAGUUCCGAAUAGACUUUUCUGACAUUAUGGUCCUAGGAGAUAUCAAUACCAAACCAAAGAAAGAAAAUAUUAUAGCUUUUGAGGAAAUGAUUGAGCCAUACAGACUUCAUGAAGAUGAUAAAGAGCAAGAUAUUGCAGAUAAAAUGAAAGAAGAUGAACCAUGGCGAAUAACAGAUAAUGAGCUUGAACUUUAUAAGACCAAGACCUACCGGCAGAUCAGGUUAAAUGAAUUAUUAAAGGAACAUUCAAGCACAGCUAAUAUUAUUGUCAUGAGUCUCCCAGUUGCACGAAAAGGUGCUGUGUCCAGUGCUCUCUACAUGGCAUGGUUAGAAGCUCUAUCUAAGGACCUACCACCAAUCCUCCUAGUUCGUGGGAAUCAUCAGAGUGUCCUUACCUUCUACUCGUAAAUGUUCUAUACAGUGGACAGCCCUCCAGAAUGGUACUUCAGUGCCUAGUGUAGUAACUGAAAUCUUCAAUGACACAUUAACAUCACAAUGGCGAAUAGUGACUUUUCUUUCAUGAUUUCAUUAAUUUGAAAGCACACAGGAAAGGUGCUCCAUUGAUAUGUGUAUGGAGACUUCGGUUUUAGUCAAUUCCAUAUCUCAAUCUUAAUGAAUGGUGAUUCUUCUCUGUUGAACUGAAGUUUGUGAGAGUAGUUUUCCUUUGCUACUUGAAUAGCAAUAAAAGUGUGUUAACUUUUUGAUUGAUGAAAGAAGUACAAAAAGCCUUUAGCCUUGAGGUGCCUUCUGAAAUUAACCAAAUUUCAUCCAUAUAUCCUCUUUUAUAAAUUUAUAAAAUGUCAAACUUUGCCUUCAACUGUUGUUUUUAUUUCUAGUCUCUUCCACUUUAAAACAAAAUGAACACUGCUUGUCUUCUUCCAUUGACCAUUUAGUGUUGAGUACUGUAUGUGUUUUGUUAAUUUUAUAAAGGUAUCUGUUAGAUAUUAAAGGUGAGAAUUAGGGCAGGUUAAUGAAAAAUGGGGAAGGGGAAAUGGUAACCAAAAAGUGACCCCAUGGUACGGUUUAUAUGAGUAUAUGUUAAUACAGAGCUAGGAAAAAAAGCCCCCCAAAUGCCUUUUUAACCCCUCUGAUUGGCUAUUAUUACUAUAUUAUUAUUUCUUGAAACCUUAGGGAAGAUUAAAGAUUCAUCCCAUACUUCUCUAUUUCAUGCUUAAAAACAUCAUUCUUUAAACAAAAAUACUCAAGAUCAUUUAUAUUUAUUUGGAGAGAAAACUGUCCUAAUUUAGAAUUUCCCUCAAAUCUGAGGGACUUUUAAGAAAUGCUAACAGAUUUUAUGGAGGGAAUUUAGACAAAGCAAUGUCAUUUAAUAGAAUAUUUCAAUAUUUAAGUGGAAUUUCAGUAUACUGUACUAUCCUUUAUAAGUCAUUAAAAUAAUGUUUCAUCAAAUGGUUAAAUGGACCACUGGUUUCUUAGAGAAAUGUUUUUAGGCUUCAUUCAUUAUUCAAUUGUCAAGUACACUUAGUCUUAAUACACUCAGGUUUGAACAGAUUAUUCUGAACAUUAAAAUUUAAUCCAUUCUUAAUACUUUAAAACUUUUGUGUUAAGAAGAACUGCCAGUUUGUGCUUUUGAAAUGUCUGUUUUGACAUCAUAGUCUACUAGUACAAUUUUGACAGUGCAUAUGUUACUAAAAGCUUUAUAUAAAAUUAUUAAUGUGAAGUUUUUCAUUUAUAAUUCAAGGAAGGAUUUCCUGAAAACAUUUCAAGGGAUGUCUACAUAUUUGUAUGUGUGUGUGUAUAUAUGUAUAUGCAUACACAGAUGCAUAUGUGUAUAUAUAAUGAAAUUUAUGUUGCUGGUAUUUUGCAUUUUAAAGUGAUCAAGAUUCAUUAGGCAAACUUUUGUUUGUUUAAGUAAACAAGUUCAAAAUCAGAUUAACAGAUACAGGUUUCAUAGAGAACAAAGGUGAUCAUUUGAAGGGCAUGCUGUAAUUUCACACAAUUUUCCAGUUCAAAAAUGGAGAAUACUUCGCCUAAAGUACUGUUAAGUGGGUCAAUUGAUAAAAGUUUCUGUGGUGGAAAAUUUAUGCAGGUUUUCAUGAAUCUUUUUUUUUUUUUUUUUGAGACGGAGUCUCGCUCUGUUGCCAUGCUGGAAUGCAGUAACGUGAUCUGAGCUCACUGCAACCUCCGCCUCUCCAGUUCAAGCAAUGCUCCUGCCUUAGCCUCCCUAGUAGCUGGGACUACAGGUGCACGCCACCAUGCCCAGCUAAUUUUUGUAUUUUGAGUAGAGACGGGGUUUCACAUUAUUGACUAGGAUGGUCUCUAUCUCUUGACCUUGUGAUCUGCCCGCCUCGGCCUCCGAGGCAUGAGCCACUGCGCCCGGCUGGUUUUCAUGAAUCUUGAUAGACAUCUAUAACGUUAUUUUCAGUGGUGUGCAGCAUUUUUGCUGCAUGAGUAUGAGCUAGGUAUAGAGAUCUGAUAACUUGAAUUCAGAAUAUUAAGAAAAUGAAGUAACUGAUUUUCUUAAGAGAAAAUUCUACAUUUUAACUCACAGCAUUGUUCCAUUGCAGGUUUUGCAAUGUUUGUUUGGGGGUAAAGACAGUAGAAAUAUUAUAUUAUUCAAUAAACAAUAACGUGUGAACUUUAAAAAUGGAUAAUAGGGCAUGGACUGAGUGCUGCUAUCUUGAAAUGUGCACAGGUACACUUACUUCUUUUUUAAGUUUUUCCCAUUCAGGAAAACAACAUUGUGAUCUGUACUACAGGAACCAAAUGUCAUGCGUCAUACAUGUGUGUAUAAAGUACAUAAAAUGUAUCUAAAUAUUCAUAAUGUGGGGUGGGUAAUACUGUCUGUGAAAUAAUGUAAGAAGCUUUUCACUUAAAAAAAUGCAUUACUUUCACUUAACACUAGACAUCAGGUCGAAAAUUUGCAAGAUUGCUAUAGUACUUAUUUCAGCAAUUUUUAGAGAUGCUAGCUAGUGUUGAAGCUAAAAAUAGCUUUAUUUAUGCUGAAUUUUGAUUUUUGUGCGAAAUUUUUUUAGUUCUAAUCAUUGGUGAUAGCUUGGAGAUAAAUAAUUAUGCCAUGGCAUUUGACAGUUCAUUAUUCCUAUAAAUAAGAAUUCAGUGAGUUUAAAGAGAAUGGUGGUGUUAAGCUGAUGAUUAACAGUUACUGAAAUCAACUAUUUAUUUGUUACAUUAUUCCAUUUGUAUUUUAGGUUUCCUUUUACAUUCUUUUUAUAUGCAUUCUGACAUUACAUAUUUUUUAAGACUAUGGAAAUAAUUUAAAGAUUUGAGCUCUGGUGGAUGAUUAUCUGCUAAGUUUGAAAAUGUAAUAUUUUGAUAAUACUGUACUAUAACUGUCACACAAAUGCUUUUCUAAUGUUUUAACCUUGAGUAUUGCAGUUGCUGCUUUGUACAGAGGUUACUGCAAUAAAGGAAGUGGAUUCAUUCAACCUA